AUGCCCAGACUGGUAGCGAAGGUGGAAGGGAAAGGCAAUGGAAUUAAAACAGUGAUCGCUAAUAUGACCGAAAUCGCCAAGGCACUUCACCGGCCUCCAACAUAUCCCACUAAAUAUUUUGGCUGCGAACUUGGAGCUCAGACGCAGUUUGAUUUGAAAAACGAUCGAUACAUUGUGAACGGGGAGCACGAUGCCCAGAAACUGCAGGAAAUUUUGGACGGAUUCAUCAAAAAGUUUGUUCUCUGCGCCGAAUGCGAAAAUCCUGAAACAAUGCUGAAUCCCCCGGAUGCAGAUAUUCCUGAAACUGCAUCUGUCACCAAUGCGAGCGUAGUCAAGCGAGGCCGCAGUAAGAAGGCGAAAGACAAUGGUUCCAGCUCUCCGACUGAAAAUGGGAAUGCGGAAAAUGGCGAAGUAGACGACUUAGCUAACGUAAGUGUUCAUAUGAUAUGUAUUCUGAACAGUUUUUCUAACCGAUUUAAAUAAGA